AAACGCUUGAGCUGUGGAUAUCCGGAACAGAUAAAGUCCCCAAGCUGGAUCCUCGUACGAGUACAAAGAAGACCAUACAACCACCACCAUGCGCACGACCAUCGGAACGUCGAACAUGGUGUGUUUCGAUGGCGAGGGUCGUAUUCGAAAAUAUAAUUCUCCCUAAGAAAUUCUUCAGGAACUUUAAACAUACAGGCUCGGAUAUUAGAAGUGGAAGAGCUGAUGGUAGUCUUAAAUUUGAAGGCCUUUCGCGUAUUAAGGCUAUUGUUCCAAUGGCUUUGAAAGAUUUACGGACAAAGAUAACGAUAAAUAUGA